AACUGAAUUGUGGCAUUUUUAUUGAAUAAUCGCUUAUGGAAAUUUAUUAAUGUUUCUUUUCAAUGUGGGAAUAGAUAUACAUUGGGGGUUAGGUUUAUACGAGUUCCUGAGGGAUUUGGGGAAUGAUUUUCGUUCAACAACUCCAAACUACUAUCAAUUGAAAUUCGUCCUUAUUAUAAUGUUUCUUCUUCUACUUCUUCUUGUUCUUCGUUUUUUCUUUCUUCCAAAUUUUGAUGGAUGGAUUUUUAUUCAUUAUUAUUAUUAUUAUUUUCAGGUUUGCAGAGUGGGGCAGUUUCUGGUGAAUGAUCUGCUGUCUAUGUGCUGCAAAUGGGGCCUAUAUUCUACAUACUCAUCGCAUUGCCUUGUACAGUUGGCGCAAUUGCUUUGGCAAUACUUCACAUUUACAGGCAUCUUUUGAAUUAUACGGAGCCAACGUAUCAGCGAUACAUUGUCCGCAUUAUCUUUAUGGUUCCUGUUUAUGCGCUAAUGUCUUUCUUGUCCCUUGUCCUUAAUAAGAGAGCAAUCUACUUCAAUUCAAUCAGAGAAGUGUAAGCACGGACACAUUUUAAUUUUUUUGUUGAACUGCGUUGUAUGAUAAUUAAUAG